UUGUGUUUAAACUUGGAAGCCCGUAAUGAGGCUUCAAUAAAUUCUUUAUAAUGAGCUUAUACUUGACCUUUUUUGGAGUGUCGAUCCUAUUUCUGGCGCACUUGUUUCAAAUUCGUGCAUUGCACAGCUCUGGGAAUUGCUCCUACGCCUCCAACGUGGUCUACAGGCUCGUGUGCAAGGGAUAUGUCCCGAAGGAUAUGUAUACAAUGUUCCGGGACAACCGAGCUCCGCCCAACACUCCCUACAGCGUUUGGCAGUCCGUGGAGGACGAAACCGCUCUCCUUGUAUCGUUUUACACCAAGAUUUUUCGAAACUAUGAUGCCAUCAGUCUGCAGAAAGGCACCUUGGAUCUUGCCCAAUACUUUUUAGCCGCCAAAGGAAAAAAUAGAACCGAUCUUCUGCUUACGAUACCAUCUACCCUUCACUGCUUUUCCUUCGGGCUGCGCUAUACGAAUGAGCUGCGGAGGCACUGUCUGGGCCAAGACAUGAGUGAGGCCAGUGUCCUUACCAAGAAGCCGAUCCUUCACUACGGCUCGCUUAGGGUAAAGGGUCCCGAUUUGAUAAAGAAUGUCGCAAGUACUCCAAGUCUGCUCGGAAAACUUGUGCUGGCCAUGUGUGCGCUGAUCAUUUACUAACAUGGAGGUUUUGUGCCCAAGAGCGAUGCUUUUCACAUUAAAUCUAAAUUGUAAAUCCAAAUGUAACAUGAAGAA